UUUUUCACACGUUUUGAAUAGCAAAAGAUUAUAACACAUUAUUUGAUUACUUUUUUAAUCUAAAAUCUUCUCUGGAUGUUCUUACACCUGGUUAUACACUAUAUAACUUUAAUUCCUGUCUGCAGCAAUAUUACAUUCUUUUAAAUAUUCUUUUCCAACAAAAUUUAUUUUUAAAUUUAUUCUUCAAGUAGAUUCUAAAGAGAAACACAGAAAGAUAUCAAGAUUGAGCUAAAGCAAUCUAAAUCUUUCCAGGAAAAAAAAAAAAUGCUUAAGAAUAAGCAAAACAAAGAUGCUGUAAACAAGCAAGAGUUAACCUACACAGAACUGAAAAUGUCCAAAUCUCAACAGAAGCAAAAAACACCCAAGAAAAACCAAAGCAAUGUCAUUUCAAGUGAACAAGUAACUUACAUGGAAAUAAAAUUUACCAGAACUUCUCACCUUCAGCGCAGAAAACAGCUGUUUAGGAAAAACAGAAAAGUGUUAGACCACCAAUCUACAGCAUGGCAGGUAGUAACUGCGAGUCUGGGGAUCUUGUGUGUGGCCUUGAUGACAACGGUGGGUGUCUUGCUUGCAAACCUAUUUUCUAGCAGAGAAGACCAAAACCAAAAAAUAUCACCUGUUCCCACCCUAUCUUCCAAAGAUGAUAAAUGUUCCUAUGACCUUUGUUCAACCUACUGGAUUGGAUUUGGAAAUAGUUAUUACCGUCUUUUCAAUAAGUCCAAAACCUGGGCAGAGAGCCAUGCUGCCUGUGCAGAGCUGAAUUCCCACCUUCUAAAGCUAGAUAUCAAGGAAGAGCUGGAAAUUAUAUCAGUGCUUGAAAUGAAAGGAUGGAUCGGUCUCAAAAGCAAUGAAACAAAUGAAUUCUGGUUAUGGGAAGAUGGCACUGCAGUAAAUGAAAACCUAUCAGAAUUUCUGCACAUGAGGGACUAUGGUUGUGCAUAUAAAGAAGGAAAUUAUAUUUACAGUGAAAAUUGUUCAUCUGGGAAAAGUUAUGUCUGUGAGUUUAGUACGUAGCAGCUGUUAGCAGCUAUUUUGCUAAUACAUGUUGUUACUGAAUCCUAAUUUAAUAAAAUAAAUUAGAAAGCAAUU